AUGCCGCCGUUCCGGUUGCCACGCUCCGCGGCUGCCGCCGCAGCGGGGGUGGCUGCGGCCACUCUCGCCGCGCUUGCGGACCGCGCCUACGCGGACAGCCCCUUCCGCUUCCCCUAUUCUUCUCCUCCUCCGGCCACCGAGAAUCCGAGCGGGGGCUCGUCGUCCUCCGGUGGGUUCGACCCCGAGUUGCUAGAGCGCGGUGCCAAGGCCCUGCGCGAGAUCAAUAGCUCCCGUUCCGCCAAGCAGGUAUUUGAUCUGAUGAGGAAGCAGGAGGAGACUCGACUGGCGGAGGUGGAGACCGAGAAAGCCCAAUAUCUUGCCAUGCAAGCGGAGACUGAAAUCGAAAAGCAGCGGAAACUUGCGGAAGAUCAAAGGAAUUUGAUCCAACAACAAGCACAGACCAAAGCACAAAAGGCACGCUAUGAAGAUGAAUUGGCAAGAAAAAGAAUGCAGACGGAACAUGAAACACAGAGGCGACAUAAUGUUGAACUCGUGAGAAUGCAAGAGGAAUCCGCCAUUAGAAAGGAACAAGCGAGGCGUGCUACAGAAGAACAAAUCCAAGCUCAAGUGCGCCAAACAGAAAAAGAGAGGGCUGAGAUUGAGCGUGAAACAAUGAGAGUUAAGGCUAUGGCAGAGGCUGAGGGUCGGGCACAUGAAGCAAAACUGACAGAAGAACAUAACAGGAGAAUGCUUUUAGAACAUAUGAAGGGUGAAAGAGAGAAGUGGAUUGCUGCAAUCAAUACAACUUUUAACCACAUAGAAGGUGGUGUGAGGAUGUUACUGACUGAUCGUGGUACAUUAGUAAUGGCAGUUGGAGGAGUUACUGCUCUCGCUGCUGGUGUCUACACUACUAGGGAAGGUGCUAGAGUUAUGUGGGGUUACAUCAACAGAAUACUGGGCCAGCCUUCGCUGAUUCGUGAAUCGUCGAUUGCCAAGUUUCCAUGGUCAGGAAUUGCUUCACGCGUUAAAGGUUCAGGUUCUCAUACAGCAUCUGGAAAGGUGGCAUCAUCAGAAAACCGGACUAGCUUUGACAAUAUAGUUCUUCACCCAUCAUUACAGAAGAGGAUUGAACAACUUGCUCGAGCAACAGAAAACACUAAGUCUCAUCAAGCACCUUUCCGCAACAUGCUGUUUUAUGGACCACCUGGUACUGGUAAAACUUUGGUGGCAAGGGAGAUGGCUCGGAAGUCGGGUCUGGAUUAUGCAAUGAUGACUGGGGGUGAUGUUGCACCUUUGGGUUCGCAAGCUGUUACCAAAAUCCAUGAGAUAUUUGAUUGGGCUAAGAAAUCCAAAAAAGGUCUAUUGCUUUUUAUUGACGAGGCUGAUGCUUUUCUAUGCGAGCGUAACAGCUCCCGUAUGAGCGAGGCUCAGCGGAGUGCCUUGAAUGCACUGCUUUUCCGAACUGGUGACCAAUCAAGGGAUAUAGUUCUUGUCCUAGCAACAAACAGACCUGGUGAUCUUGAUGCAGCAGUCACAGACCGCAUAGAUGAAGUAAUCGAGUUCCCGCUCCCUAGGGAGGAGGAGCGUUUCAAGCUGCUGAAGCUCUACUUGAACCAAUACAUAUCACGCGGGGAUGAUGGUGAAUCUGGAUGGCGUUCCUUAUUCAAGAGGAAGCAGCAGAAAAUUGUUGUAAAGGAUGUGACAGAGGAUGUGCUCCAUGAGGCUGCACGCAAGACGGAGGGUUUCUCCGGUCGAGAGAUCGCAAAGCUCAUGGCUAGCAUUCAAGCGGCUGUGUAUGGGCGCCCCGACUGUGUUUUGGACUCGCAACUAUUCAUGGAAAUAGUGGAUUAUAAGGUUGCAGAGCACCAACAGCGCAUCAAGCUUGCAGCUGAAGCUACACAUUGAGCAUUUUAUUUUCUAUGCAUUUAUGUAUCUCAGAGGUCCUCGAAAAUUUUGUCGCUUAGAGAAUUUCCUGCAGUUUGUAUCCAUUAUUCAUGAGGAUUAUUUUAUUGAGGCUUAUGUAUCAUUAAUAAGUAUGGGAAAUGCCCAGGAAUCGAUGGCUCAAUUUUGUGAAUUUCCUUUUCCUCAUCAUUUUUGUAUUUGUCUUUUGAUGAUUGGAGGAACCAAAGCAGAUCUUAUAUGAAGUUUCUUCCCUUU